AUGUCAUCUUUCGCGCCGAAUGAUGUACUUUUGGAUAUUGAAAAAUUGGAAACAAUGUUAACCAAUAGUAGCAGCAGUAGUUGUGAUUCGUCAUCGUUUAAUUGUCCAUUGUUGUCACCAACUUCCCGCUCAUUAACUGCAACCGCACGGUUUACCGGUUCAUCGAAAGUUUAUUUAAGAAAUUUAAAUAAAUUGCUAGCAGAUAUUGAGCAAAAACAGAAGAUUCUAUCAGUGGGAGGCGGAUCAGUACUUAAGCGCUUGCGUCCAGUGGAUUCGUCGUCAUCGGCACGGCCAUUGACAUUUACUUCGUUAUUUCCUCGACCUUCAGUUAAAUGCGUGUCCAAUAAUCGAUUGGAGCCUAAAACAAUUUCCUUUGCUCAACUUAUCACACAAAAUUCGUCGUUUUCCAUGGCUUAUUCCAAUCAUCAGUCUGAAUAUGGUUGUGCAAGAUUAAACGAAAAGAUGUGGGUUGUUCAUUGCCGAGAACAAUUGACUAAAGCUGUCACUGACGAAAUGCAUGAAUCGGGAAGAGCAGAAAAUGAAGUCAAUUGGAAUCACAUAUCGAAUUAUCGUCUCAAUAAUAAAUGGUCAUCGAAAGUAUGUCAAAAUGCUUGGAAACAACUUUGUAAUCCUCGAAUAAAUCAAUCAAAAUGGACAGUUAAAGAAGAACGUCGAUUAAUAUCUAUCGUCGAACGUGAGCCAUUAAGUGCCGAUCGGUGGCCAUCGAUUGCAAAGGAAUUAGGAACGGAUCGAAAGUGA